AUGAUACUUCUAGUGGUGGUUGUGGGAAGGGAUAAUUUUUGUGUCCAAGAAUGUUGCUCUAUGGUGAUUCCUUCAUCCUGUGGUAUCUUGCGACUGCAAAUGGUAGCAACAGCUGCGACAUGGAAAAUAUUUCCCUCAGUUUGUAACUUCAACGCAAGAGCAAAGCCACAAAACCCAAAAGCAAAGUCGCAAAACCCAGCUCUGCAUUUGGCCUCAAUUCUGAAGAAACCAGCAUCCUUUAAACGCAGCCAAGCAGCGAGACCAAAUCAUAGGAGCACCCACAAGUCACAAGUCAAUUGGCAAGUAGGAAAGAUAGAGAAAAGCCCAAUUUUGUCUACAAAGGAAAUGGUUCAAAUAUUAGAGCGGGAGGACACCCACAAAGCUCUCGAAAUAUUCAAGUGGGCCCAGGGACAUGGACCUUACAAACAUGAGCUUUAUACCUACAGAGUCAUGAUUCAGAAACUACUUUCUGUAAAAAGGUAUGAAGAAGUAGAAAACAUGCUCAAUGAGAUGAUGACAAAGGAUUUCCGAUGCAAAGAGCCGAGAGUGUUCAAUAGCUUAAUCAGGAGCUUUAGCGAGGCAUCAAUGAUGGAAGCAGCUUUCAAGGUUUAUGAUCGGAUGCAUGAUUUUUGUGAGCCCAAUGUUGAUACGUUUAAUGCUCUUCUGAAUGCACUGGUGCAAAACAAUAGUUUUGAAACAGCUAUUUCGUUCUUUAAUAAAUUGGUCUGGGCCAAAGUUCCUGUCUCUGUUACGACUUUCAAUAUUGCCAUUAAUGCACUUUGCAAGGCUCACAGGGUAGAGGAUGUUGUUGACCUCUUGAGGCAAAUGCCUAAACAGCGUUACCUGCCCGAUACAUAUACUUACAAUAUGCCAAUAAGAGGAUUUUGUGACAAAGGAAAUACCGAAGAAGCAGUUGAGUUACUCAUCGAGAUGACGAGUUCAUUUGCCAACGUUGUUACCUACACUUUGAUGAUUUGGGGCAUGGCCAAAGAGGGAUACAUUGACCAAGCUGUAGAAAUUGUACGCCAGAUGCCAGAUAGGGGUUGCUCUCCAAAUGUGUUCUCGUAUUGCUCUCUCAUGGCCGGUUCCUACAAAUAUGGAAGGUUUUCUGAUGUUCAAAAUAUUUUGGAUGAAAUGAUGCAAACAUUCAGUUUCUCGGGGGUGGUCCUCUUCAAUAUAUUGAUGAAUAGCCUUUGUAAGGAAGGGAAGUUGGAAGAAGCAUAUAGGGUUUUGGAUAGAAUGGAUGACAAGGGAGUUCAUCCUAAUGCUAUUACUUAUACAACAUUAAUUAGUGGAUACUGCAAAUCGGGUAAUAUAGAUAAGGCUAUGGAAUAUCCCGAGAAGAUUUUAAACGAGAUGUUUAGGAGUGACUGCACACCUGAUCUUUUAACAUACAACGUCUUCAUAUAUGGUAUGUGUAAAGAAGGGAAACUGCAGAAAACAGCCAGGGUGGUUGAUGAGAUGUUGGACAAUGGUUUCCCUCCUGACGUUUUAACCUACAGCACUGUGAUUCAUGCAUUGUGCAAGGGAGCCAAUAUGGACGAGUUAUCGUUACCUGGGAGCUGA